AUGGUUCAACAACACGGGUAUCCUGAUGAGGAUCGAGGGCCACGACUGGCUGCGGCCUACAUUGCUGGAUGCGCCAUUUCCUUUGUGUUUGUCGCCAUGAGAUUGACGGCCAGGUAUAGCAUUGCCGGCGUGGGCAUAGACGACUGGUGUAUGCUCGCAAGUUGGAUCGUUUUUAUACCUCUCACAGUCUUGGUGAGCAUGUUCUCCCUCACUGGCGGCACCAGACAUCUCGCGUACCUCUCCAACGACCAAGCGCGCACCAACUAUAUCCUAGAACUGAACUGGAUCGCCCAACCCUUCGCCAUUCUCUGUCUCGGCUUGAGCAAAAUCGCCGUCGGUUUCCUUAUCAUUCGUCUACUCAAUCGCUCGUCCGUCUGGCGCCGCUGGAGCCUUUACUUUUUCAGCGCCUUGACUGCCAUCAACACCAUCCUUAUGAUAAUCUUUACCUUUGUACAAUGCAAGAAUCCCGCCGCUUUGUGGGAUUCGGAAAUCAAGAAGACUACCGAAUGCUGGGACCCGAAGAUCCAGAGUAGCUUUUCCAUCUAUGGGGCCAGCAUGCAUGCUGUUGUGGACUUCUUCCUGGCGCUGGUGCCCGUCACGCUUGUGUGGCGGUUGAAGACGGAUCUCAGGAAGAGGGUGGCUCUUUGCGCUCUGCUGGGUUGUGGUUGCUUGACGGGAAUAUCCGCAGCUAUCAAGACGACGAAGCUUAACGGCUUAAACGCCCGGUCAGACUUCACCUGGGAAACCUUCUCCCUCUUCCUGUGGACUGGCAUCGAAAUCAUUCUCUCCAUCGUCUGCGGCUCCAUCCCCGCCCUCAAGCCCAUCUACGGCCUCUGCAUGGGCCGCCGCCCCUCCACCCACCCCUCCGGCCAACGCUACACCCACGGCACACCCAAAAGCGACAAAAAAUACCGCCCCCAAGGAGCGUACGUGAGACAAAACGACGACGUAGCGCUCGCGCUUGCGCCGAAUACGACGGCUUCGUCGACGGUGGUGAUUGGAGGCCCCGCGGCGGAGGAUUUCGAGAUGGGGUAUGAGGUCAAGGAGCAGAUAGUGAGAUCGGCGUCUGGAAGAAGGCUUUGA